GGGCAGGACAUCAAGUGCGCCAUCGACUCGACCCUCAAGGAUGCGGCCUCCAACCUGAUGGAGAAGGUGACUCAGCAGGUGGCGGCUGACGCCGCCGGCGCUGACUCAGCGAAACCCGCUGAUGCGAGGCCGCCGGCCCUGAAGAACGGCGCGGGCAGCAGGGCCGCCUCGGCAGGUGUGGCGCUCGGCGCCCUGGCAGCGGCGGCGGCCGCGCUGGUGCUGUGA